CAUUCCGGCCUGCUGAUCAAACCAUACCACCCUUACCUUUUGACCACCUUUUGUAUUUUUUACGUUUAUUCUGAUCCUCAGGUCCUCCUAGGUCUCUACUGCCUCUCAUUCCUUCUACUGCUAGCCCACUGUACUGGUAUUAUAUUCUUAAAGACCUGCCACGUCAUGUUGAUAAAGGAAUUUCGUAUUAUUCUUCCCUUCACUCCUGAAGAAUAUCAUGUUGGUCAGCUAUGGUCGGUCGCUCAAGCUAGUAAAAAUGAAACAGGAGGUGGUGACGGUGUUGAGGUCGUCAUAAACGAAGAAAGAGAUUUUGACAAACAUGGAAAGGGACAGUUCACUCAUAAGAUAUUCCACUUAUCACAUAAAGUACCUCGUUUUGUGAGAGCGUUGGCUCCCAAAGGAUCUCUUGAAGUCCACGAGGAAGCAAUAAAUGCUUUUCCUUACAUCAAGACAGAUAUUACCAACCCUGAUUACAUGAAGGACGGGUUCAAGAUAACGAUAGAGUCCAUUCACAUUGCAGACGACAGGGGGCUACAGGAAAACGUUCAUAACUUACCACCUGAUCUUUUGAAAUUAAGAGAAGUGGUCACUAUUGAUAUUGUUAAUGAUCCUUAUGACCCACGGGAUUAUAAACCUGAAUGGGAUCCAAGGUUAGUCCGCUCCGAAAGGGCUGACAGGGGACCAUUAAAACCUGACUGGAAGGAAUCUUCCCAGCCGAUAAUGUGUGCCUAUAAACUUGUAACUUGUGAAUUUAAAUGGUGGGGGCUACAGACCAGAGUUGAAAGUAUGAUAAUGAAGGCUGAGCGUAGGAUAUUCACUUCAUUUCACAGACAAGUUUAUUGCUGGUUGGAUGAGUGGUAUGGAAUGACAAUGGACGACAUUAGACGGAUUGAAGAAGAAACUAGGAAAGCUUUAGAAGAAGCCAGAACUAAAGGGGAGCUAAGAGGAAUGAGUGAGCAAUAGACUUAUUGAACACUUCAUGCUAGUUAUUAAUAAUAAUAAUAAUUUCUCAUUUUGUUUGUCAUUAUUAUUA